UUCUAGCCGCUCGAAAUGUUAAUACGCUGGAAAAGCAAAGAUAAAAGUUCAGCGAACUCUUCAAAUGCCAACAGUGGCAGUGGUGGUGGUGGAGGAGGAGGUAGCAGCAGUGGUGGCGGCGGAGGCGGCAGCAGUGCCUCCAGUGGCAGUAGUUCGAAAAAGAAACGUAAAGGACGUGAGGGCGCCUCAGAUGAAAACUGGCAAAAUGAUAUGAAAUCCGGUCAUAUGCAAAAUAGCGAACAAGACAGAAGACGCAAUAUGCGUCGCGAAGAUCCACGUCGCCAUACCUUGGGUGGCGAUAUGCUAUCCUAUGUCAAUCAACAAAAUCAACAGCAGACUCUUAAAUCCAUGGACUUGGAGAUGAACACACGCAUGCAGAAAAGUAAAAAGGCCCAACCCUUUCGCGGCUACACACCCAUCAAUCAAGGACCCCUGUUCGAUGAUGAUCCCGGUAUUAUGUCUGAGGUGGAAACGGCCAGUACUGGGUUUAGACGUGGCGGUAAGCAACGUUCUUCGUUACCCGUUGUGCGUACACCUUCGAAAACCUUAGAAAGACCUCUAGGUUUGGUAUUUUUACAAUAUCGUUCGGAAACAAAAAUGGCAGUGCUGCCUAAUGAAAUCACCUCAAUUGAUACGGUGAGGGCGCUAUUUGUUCGAUCCUUUCCCCGCCAAUUGACAAUGGCCUAUUUGGAGGGGCCAAAUGUGAAGAUAUAUAUCCAUGAUGCCAGCAAGGAUAUGUUCUAUGAACUGGAGGAUGUCCGCUCGCAUUUGCGGGAAAUACGAGAUCGUUCAGUUUUACGCUUGUUCGAAUCGACUGAGGUGGCAGCACCGCCACAAAUGUUGCCAGGUGGUCCAGGGAUACCACAGCCACUGCCACAACCAAAUCCACCACAUUGGGAUCAGGAUCAGAGUUACUUCAGCGAACCGGAAUUCGAUUCGGAAUAUAAAAACCAACACAUACACAAAUCCAAGAUUGGCAAGCAGGCUCCCUAUUAUGUGGGUGCCUCACAGACAUUACCACGUGGGAUGUAUACCGAUCGCAAUAAGGUGGCCAUGGAUGGUUAUACCAGUUCACCGGAACGAUCAACACGUGGCAAUUAUGAAGAACCCUCGUAUUAUCAAUAUGGUACAAGGGGUACGGUGAUAGCGCCCAUUAUUGAUGAGGAACAAACCGAAGUUACCAUGACUGAAGACCAAUAUGCUUUGUAUGGCAUUAAAAUGGGCCCUGCUGGCCGUAUACCCCGCAAUAAUCAAAUGUAUGAUCCGACAAGACCCGAAGACUUGCAUCGCUUUCGCGUCGAACAUAUGGAACGCCAGCUGGCCAAUUUGACUGGCCUCGUGCAAAAAGCGUUAGUAAAUCAAAAUCCACAAAUAGCUCCCAUACCAGUGCCAACAUUGGAUCCCAACUAUUUGGUAGUACCCACACCAUGCCAUGUUAAUGGUGCCGGUGAUGAUCAGUAUGUUAGAGAAAAGGCUCCCAAAUUGGGUAAGAAUGCCUGUGGAAAAUCGGUAUCCUUUGAGAAGAGCGUAUCCUUUAGUGAUGAUAUACAGGGUAUCCCAAAAUCACAUAGUCCUCAACAUGCUGCUGAUACCAAGCCCACAAAACCAGCCAUUAAGUCCUCCACUUUGCCAAGAACCUCAUCACAAGAACGUGAUCGCCUUAAACCGCCACCACCUCCCAAACCCAUGGUAUUGGCCCAAACGGCCCACAACAAUUAUCGGGCCGAUAUUGCUCUGGCCCCUGAGGUCUAUAAUCAUUUAAGGGGUCUGCAAAAGAAAGCCAAAGAUUUAAGAACCGAAGUGAGAACACUGAGGAGGUUGUCUCAGGCCCAAGCCGUGGCCGUCCGUGAAGAUAUUAAAAGUACAUUUAUGCGUAUUCGUGCCACCCUCUUGGCCAGCAGCGGUAGUAUAUGGGGUCAUCAGGAUCAAGAUGCAACGAGAAUAUCACGUGAGGAGGAGCUGUACAAACAGGAGGUAAUACGUUUGGAAAAAGAUUUAAGUGAUUUGGAAUCAUCGGUGGAGAGUCUAAGAGGAGAGGUUAUUAAUCGUAGGACAAGAGUUAAUAUGACAGCGGUGGAGGAUAUGGCUUUGGUCCUGAGCAGAGCUAGUAAAACCGUUGCCGAACUAAAAAUGAAAUUCCCCGCCUUGUCCAAUGGCCUGCGCUGUAUUUUAUCGAAUGAAAUGGAAAAAGUCGUCAGAGAAGAAAAGUUCCUAAAAGAAGAACCCGAUCGCUUGGAAUCGGCAUUGCGUCGGUGCAAAAAGUUAACUGGUACUUUGGUGACAUUGAAGAGAUUGGCCAGUGUCCAAGAACAACGUUUACCACCCACUGAGCCGCCAAUUAAUGAAGAUCCACCCCGUUCCGCUGAUGUACCCGUACCCGAUAAGUUUAACUGGCGCUGGAGUUCAAACUUCAAAGAGGCAAUCACUGACCAAUCCCACAACCCCGGAUGGGGACGUUCGCUGUCGGCGGGGGAGCCCCACCAGAAAACGCACUCGAUGCUUUGUUAGAUGAAUUGAAGACAUUUUCAAAGCCUCUAAUAGCCAAUAAUGAGAACCGACCCGAUGAUUCCACUUCCGAUGACAGUACCCCUUUGGUACAAAGCACCGUAACCACCCAAAUUUCCCAGGCCCAUUUGUAUAAUCAAAACGAAGCCAAUCUGGCCAAUUGCAUCAAUGAACUAACGGC